GGUUUAGUAGUAGCGACGGACGAGCAGGAGCUGAGCAGCGACUCCUGUCCAAUUCUACACUACAGAAUUAAAAAGGAGGAAAAAACAAACAAACAAACAAAAAAAACAUUUUUUUUUAUAACUCCAUCUUGCAUUGCGCCUUUUUUUUGGACGAACAGCCUGUUGAUUUGGAUUUACUCACAUUUUUUAUUUAUUUUUUUUUUAAUUCUCACAUUUUUUUUUUAAUUCUAACAAAAUCAUGGGAUCACAAGCGUCUAAGGGAGGAGUGACUGCUGAGGGCAAAGCCGCCGAUGCUGCAUCACCGGACGGGGUGAAGACUAACGGACAGGAGAACGGGCACGUUAAGACGAACGGUGACGUGUCCGCCAAAGCCGAGGGCGAGUCUGGUGCCACCACCAACGGCUCGGCUGAAACCGCCAAGGAGACUGAAGCCGGAGCCGGAGAUGCCAUCGAACCGGCGCCUGCUGCCGAGGGCGACGGCGCCAAGCCGGAGGGCGAAGCAGCCAAGGAGACCCCUAAAAAGAAGAAGAAGAAGUUCUCUCUGAAGAACUCAUUCAAGUUUAAGGGGCUGUCACUGAAAAAGAGCAAGAAGGCGAGCACCGAGGUGAAGGAGGAGGCUGUGAAGGAGGAAGAGAAGAAGGACGAGAAGCCGGCUGAAAACGGUGCCACCGAGGAGAAGAAAGAGAAGGAGGAAGAGGCUAAGCCAGAGGAGACCACCGCCGCUGCUGCUGCUGCCCCCCCAGCUGAGACCCCCAAGGCAGAGGAGGCUCCUCCCAAAACCGAGGAAGCUGCCGCCCCCAAGGAAGAGGCCGCCACCCCCUCAGCCGAACCCACGAAACCGACAGAGGAGACCAACUCAACACCUGCAGCAUCCGAACAGAAGGAGUGAUUGUACGUUGCGAGGAACUGUUGUGAACUGUUUUUCAAGGAAAAAAAAUCUAUAUAUAUAUUUAUAUAUAUAUGUGUAUAUGUAUACAUAUGUAUAUAUACAUGGAUAUAUGUAUAUGUAUAUAUACACAUGUAUGUGGAAAAAAGAGAGACUCCUCGUGCCACUUUCUUCAAGAUUAAUGAGAAACGACAGACUAGAUUCACUAGUUCACUUCCCUAUUAAUGGCUCAAAGAUCUGGGACUCUGAAUUUAGGCCACAAUCGAUCUGAGACGUCGACGCUGGAGUGAAGAGUGUGAGAGAAUGAGAUGAAGAGGAGGCAUCUUUCAAUCCCACCAUCACCCGAGAUGCUAAUAUUAUAAAAUCAAGUACAAAAUGAACAUCACCACAUAAUGACUGUUAAAAAAUGGAAAUGGAAAAAAAGAAAAAAAAAAAAAAAAAGAAAAGACUCGCCAACUUUCUACAUUCCUAUAUUUUAACCCAAAUUUAAGUAUUUUGUGGUGUAUAGAGAACCAUUUUAAAUAUCCAGAAGGCUUUGUCUUGUUUGUUUGAAAUUGCAUUUUAAUUUCCAUCUUGGCUAAACACACACACACUCUCACACACACACACACACACACACACAUACAUACAUACAUUUGAGCUUGCUAUGUUCACAUUUAAAGUAAAAAAAAAAAGAAGCAGAGUUGUUAUGUGUUAAAUGUGAGCCUUGAUCUGCUUUUUUGUCUCUGUAAAUAAAUUUGACCGAUUUUGUUCUUUAUUUUGCUAAUGUUCAAAGAUGUUACUGGUUUUAUUGUAAAGUUGAUAAUGGUAAAUAAAUGUUGGUUACCUAAUGAAA